CCGAGGCAGCGUCUCCGAGUUCUGUCUGGUUAGGCGAUCCCAACUCUCGCGAUUUCUACCACUGCAGUGGAUCAUUUUUUUUUUUUUCUUCUUCUUCUUCUUCUUCUUCUUCUUCCCUUUCUCCUCGUGUUUCGCCCGCGCGUUCACGUGCUCAUUUUUGCUGCAUUUUUGUUUUCCUUUCGAUUUUUAACGCGCGACAUUAGACCACCUUUUUCAAAUUACACUAGUGUUGACAGUGACUCUGUAGUCAAAGGAUUUUUUGUUCAUCAUUUCCUUGCCAGGAAGUGCAGUUGAUCCAAAGUACUUUUAACGUAAUUUGCUUUGGAUAAUAUACGUACAAGUAGCAAAAAAAAAAAAAAAAAAAAAAAUUAAAACAAAUAAAAUGAGAUAAGCCGUGCUCGUUAGUACGUACCCACAGGAUCGGCUAUCCUCUCCCUCUGCACCGUUCGCCGGCUUUGGAGGCGUGAGCUUGUCGGUGGUGGACACAAGCGGAUUAUAGACAUAUACUCCUACAUGUAUAUACCAAGAAAAGGUAAUACGAAUAUACGGUAAAAGUGCAAACCGGUGGACGAGCGAGGCAAAAGCAGGUUGCAGGGACAAGGAAGCUAAAGGAGACAAGAAGAAGAAGAGACUGCAUCGGCAGAAAGAGCGGAGUGACGGGCGAAGGUCGGGUGAUUUUCAGCGCGCGCCCACCCCCUCGCUGAUGAAUUAAUGGGGCUCGGGUCGCGAUGAGGUGGCACGGCUAGCCAAGGCAAUAAAAACACAGUGGGCGACCAGGCAGCUGCGUCAUCAACAACAACGACGACAGCGUGGGCACAAAGGGCACGUCUCCGGGCGAGGGAGGAAAGCGUCCUUCCGGCCACUAAACGAUGGGCCGCCGACAAUGGCUGACGGUGACAACGAGAACGACGACGGCCCUGCUGUUGCUGCUCCUGAGCCUGGAGCCCGGAAGCGGCAAGCGUGCCGAACCCGCUGAUUUGCCGAUCGAGGAGGCCUUCGGUGGAGGCGCCGGCCAGCGCAAGCCUCCGGGGAGCUAUCACGGGAAACCAGCCGCUCCUGGCUCCGGAGUCACGGGUGCCGGGACGCAGGCUAACACGCCGUACUUGCCCUAUCUCCAGAGAGAAAGGAAGCCCAACAUUGUGCUCAUUCUCACGGACGAUCAGGAUGUUGAGCUUGGCUCCCUGAACUUUAUGCCGAACGUCCUACGCCGAAUAAGGGACGAGGGCGCGGAGCUACGCCACGCAUACGUGACGACGCCGAUGUGCUGUCCGAGCCGUAGUUCCUUGCUCACCGGCCGCUACGUUCACAACCACGAGGUCUUUACCAACAAUGACAACUGCAGCAGUCCCCAGUGGCAACGCGAGAACGAACCGUAUAGCUUCGCUACCUACCUCAGCAACGCCGGCUACCGUACUGGUUACUUCGGCAAGUACCUGAACAAGUACAACGGCUCGUAUAUACCACCGGGUUGGCGCGAAUGGGGUGGCCUAAUCAUGAACUCGCGCUACUACAACUACAGCGUCAACAUGAACGGGAAGAAGAUAAAGCACGGCUUCGAGUACAACAAGGACUAUUAUCCGGAUCUGAUAGCCAACGACAGCGUCGCCUUCCUCAGGCAGAGCAAGCACAAUUUCGCCCGCAAGCCCGUCAUGCUGGUGGCCAGCUUUCCCGCGCCCCAUGGACCCGAGGACUCGGCACCCCAGUUCUCCGACCUGUUCUUCAACAUCACCACCCAUCAUACACCGGCAUAUGAUUACGCACCAAAUCCGGACAAGCAGUGGAUCUUACAAGUGACGCAGAAGAUGCAGCCGAUACAUAAACAAUUUACCAAUCUUCUCAUGACGAAACGACUACAAACGCUGCAGAGCGUCGACGCCGCCGUCGAGAGGAUCUACCAAGAGUUGAAGAAUCUCGGGGAGCUGGACAACACGUACGUUAUUUACACAUCGGACCACGGCUAUCAUCUAGGUCAAUUUGGUCUGAUAAAGGGCAAGAGCUUCCCGUUCGAGUUCGACGUGCGCGUACCCUUCCUCGUCCGGGGCCCGGGCAUCGAGCCAGGAUCCGUAGUAGACGACAUAGUUUUGAACAUCGACCUGGCACCGACCUUCCUGGAUAUCGCUGGCGUCGAGACGCCGCCGAGAAUGGACGGUCGUUCCUUCAAGAAGCUCUUCUUCAACAACAAGCCGGGUCGACGUUCCAAGUUCAAGUGGCCAGACACGUUUUUGAUCGAGUCGUCGGGUAGGCGUGAGACUCCAGAAUCGAUUGCCGAGGCCAAAGCUCGGGAGGCACGGAAACAAGCUAAACUAGAUGCGGGUGGUAACGACGAAGAGGCUGAUAUCAUCGACACCGAGGACUCUUUGGUCAAGAGGGACGGAGAAUUGGAUAGUGAUCAGGAUUUUUCGGACGAUGAUGAGUUUGAAGAUUUGGCCUUUGAGAAUCCUGGUGAGUAUAAAAUUGGUAUCGACAACGAGCCUCGACUGGACAACGGGCUACAGUCGUCAUCGAAACAUUCGCGACUGGCGUUUGAAUGUUCUCGCGCUGCGGCUCAAACGGACUGUCUUCCUGGACAAAAGUGGAGAUGCGAGAAAGACGGCCAACGCUGGCGCCGACACAAGUGCCGGGCGUCGGGCACCGACCACCAGGAGGUACAGCUGCCGCAACCCCUUCGCACUGCCUGGAAAAAGUGCGCCUGCUUCACGCCCAGUGGUGUUGUUUACACGAGGCUCGAAGCCAACGAUUACGAUGGCCAUCGUUUCGUGUUUGGAAAAGAGAGCCGGUUCACUGGUCCCUACGGCCAGGUGCAGGCGAUUGCGCCCAGAAGAGGUAAGCGAGACGUCCCAAUUGAAGAGUGGAAAGAAGAAACUUCGCACUACGUAUCGGACGAUUUUGAUCCUGAAACCCUAGAAGGCCUUAUCGGUAGCCCCUUGAACGUUGACGACGUGAUGGCUAGGCAUCGUCGAAUACGCAGAAGUACAACUACGAAGAAUGAUAGUAUCGAAGACGUGACUAAAAUCAUGAAAAGCAUCGAAGAGGAGCUCGACGAUCUCAAGGCAAAGCAUUCAAAUCCGGACAAACACUUUACGCCCAAGUGCUCGGUGAUGCCUCGCGGUAACGUCAACUGUAGCCAAUCGGUUUACAAGGACCCAACCGAGUGGCGGAUAUCCAGAAAAGAGAUCGAGCAGCAAAUUCGCAGUAUGAGGAUGCAACUGGAGACUCUUAAAGUGUCAACGAGUACGAUAUCGGAACACGUUUUCGGAAGCAGCACCGAGGAGUCGUCGGACAAUUCCCUCCUUCGACGUGAAGGUCAGAGCACCGAAAACUUAUCCGAGCCCACGAGCCCUGAAACCACCAGUACUUACGCAUCUACUAGCACGACCAAGACAACGACAAGAGCAUCAACGACGACCCUGGGGACGACUCUGGAGUUAAACCUCGAUAAUAAUGACAACGAAAACUGGCCGUGGAAUUCCAACUCGAGAAAACCACCGAGACCAGCCCAGCGAACCAAACCAGUGGUUAGCAGUUCGGUGAGUCACCAUCAGGCUCGGAAGGAGUAUGGUCCAGGGAUGGAGGGCACGGAGAAGCGUAGGUUCCCAGAACCCCACAAGAGUCCCGAGAAGACAACCCCAGCAGCGACCACGACGACAAUGACGCAAGAGCGUCAGCACAAGUGCUUCUGCGAGCCGGAUCCCUACGACAGUGCGAAGGACGAGUUGGAGGCGGCCAAGGAGGAGAAGCGCCGGUUGAAGGAGGAACGGCUGCGCAAGAAGGAACGCAAGUUGAGGAAAAAAGCGAAGCUCGAGAAGGACUGCCUGACCGAGAAGAUGAACUGUUUCGAGCACGAUAACGACCACUGGCGCACCGCGCCCCUCUGGAGCGCCGGCCCGUUUUGUUUCUGCAUGAACGCCAACAACAACACCUACUCGUGUUUACGCACCAUCAACACCACCCACAACUUUCUCUACUGCGAGUUCACCACGGGACUCGUCACCUACUACAAUCUCAGGAUCGAUCCUUUCGAGCAAUGGAACAGAGCGUCUUCGCUGACGGCGCUUGAAAAGUCAUAUCUUCACGAUCAACUGGAGCACCUGAAACGUUGCCGAGGCACGCAAGACUGCACGGUAGGCAGCGCCAAGGAGGUCGCCAGAGAACAAAUCCAGCAGCAACAGCCACGAUCCAUGUCGAAGAGGAAGUACUCCGACACGUUUGAUGAGAUGUUUGUCCCGUCAGCUUUGCAAAUAUACAGCGACAGCGAACUACUUUAUUCUCAGCACAGAAGGCGAAGCAAGAAGUGGCCGUACAACUCUUGGAAUCGGCACUCCCGGAGCUGGCAAAGCAACAGGAGAAGUCACGAGAACACGCCCGUCCUGAGGCGGCACCGACAUCACGCGUAGACGACUGUUCCAACUGCAGAUCUAUAUAUAUAUGCGUUAUUAUACCCAAUAUUUGAAGUAAUCGUCGAUUUUGUUUCACUUCCGUUGCAAGUAUACAUAGAUAAUCGUCGGUGAAACACUGGUCUUUAUUUAAUGUUUGCUUUAUGAUUGAUUUAGAAAAUAAAGCGCGAGUUUUUGCAAAAAUCACAAGAGCUUUUUGCCAAUCGCGAUAAACAAGCUAAACAAUCGAGGGCGUCUCUAUGAUUUUUGUAAUCCUUAGGUAGACAAUGUACGUGAACUCGUGAAAAUGAAAAUUACUGCUUAAAAAAACUUAUUCAAUCUUUAUCGGAAGUAAAAAUUAGUAAACAAAUACUGAUACGUAGCAUUUAGUGCAUAGUGUACACUGUGGUUAAUUUACAGCUGGUUCUGAUACUUCUUUUAGCAAUCGAUGCUUGUAUGUAAUUUUUUUUUUUUUUUCUCAUAUUUAGUCGACAAUUCAAUGAUUUAAAAAAAAAACUUUUUUUUUUCAAUCUUGUAAUUCUUUCAUUUUUGUACGCGUGAUAUAAUUAAUAAGGUUCAAUGCGUUUUUUUAAGCAUCAACGUGCAGAGAUGGGCAAAUUUUUAUUUAUUGAAAAGAUUUUUAAUAUAUAAUUUAACUUAUUUAUAUUUUAAUUUAAUUAGGCAAUUCGUAAAAUAUAUACGGCAACUUUUGCAAACUAUCUUGACAAUCAAGAAUGCAAGGAAGUAAAAUCUUAGUUUAAAGAAUCGUUUCAAAGAGUAAAAUAAGCAUUUAAUGCUGCCCAUUGCUGUAUAAUAUAAAUAAAAAAUACAGCUUCCUGCUGCCAAUUAACAUUACUUUACGAAUUCUCUAUUUGGUUGGACCAAAAAUACUCUUAUUUAGUGGGAAAAAAUAAAUCUACUGAAAAGCGCAAUUUUUAGUGCAACGUAAUUAAUUGGACUCAAGUAUUAUAAUUCACUGGUGUGUCAAAACAAUGAAAAAAAAUUUCGUUGAAUGGGAAUAUUUACAGUGGGUUGAGAUAAUUAUACAAUCCACCACUGCCAACCAAGUUACAUUGGUAUCAGAUAACUCAAUCAUUUUCUUGUACUUUUGAUUCUUAAAAAAACCGAUUAACACACAAAAUUACAUUAAUGUCUCUUUUAUUAUACACAAAUGUGCUGUUCAUUUGACGAAGAUAAAGCAUUGUUAAAAAAUAUUUAUGCAUUAUUGUUAAAUUAUUUUAUUAUUGUAUUGAGUCAAGUGUAAUAGGCGAGCUACAUAUGCUUGGAAAAAAAAAGAUUAUCCUGACUAAAUAUAACUCCAACAUUAAUUAAAAGUCAGAGAAAUUAUUUUAACUUUUUACUGCUAAAGAUUUAAUGUAUGUAUUUACCCCGCGAGUGUGUAACCAAAAGUGUCAGUUGUAUUAUUUGUAUUUUUCGAAAAUGUAUUAGAUUGUAGUAUUAUAGGCAAAAAAAAUGCUUCAGAAUUACCAAAAACUUUUUUUUAUCGUUUUAUUCUCUCAAUAAUGAUUGUACUGUUUUUAUUACGUAAAAUAAAAGAAAAAAUAAUCAUUGAAAA